GUCAGAUCUGGCAGUCUGAACAAGCAGCUUGUGCAGUUGGUCGCGUGCUGAGACGUCAGGUGUUGAUUAGCGAUGGCAGCUCGAGCUUUCAAGAAGUUUCUUCCAUUAUUUGAUAGAGUCCUUGUUGAGCGGCUUGCUGCCGAAACUGUAACUAAAGGAGGAAUUAUGCUUCCUGAAAAAUCACAAGGAAAAGUGCUGCAAGCAACUGUGGUUGCUAUUGGAGAAGGUGCCAGAGGAAAGACUGGUGAUAUUCAGCCUGUGAGUGUAAAAGUUGGGGACAAAAUCCUCUUGCCUGAAUAUGGAGGUACAAAGGUUGUACUUGAAGACAAGGACUACUUCUUAUUCAGAGAUGGAGACAUCCUAGGAAAAUAUGUAGAUUAGACUGUUUGUUACUUUCCAAGUAUGUUCAUUCCACUAAAAAUACUUGCCUUGUGUAAAUAACGUUUUUUGUUAUAAUAAAUGGUAAUAUAGAAAUAUUCUUCCUUUGUUUUUAUGAACACAAGUUAAUAAGCAACCAGUUUUGUGGUGUCGGGGUGCUCCAGCUAUAUUUGGAAUCGGAGUAGUUCAGGCUGUUUCCUCUGGCAGAUGAGUUUCUAUCAGUGGGUCUGCCUUCUGUUUGGAGCUCUUGGUUUGUGUUUUUUUGGCUUUUAUUUUUGCAAUCUUUGUUGUGUAGACUGUACAUGGAGAGCCCAAUGGUUCAAGGAAUUUAGGGAACAAAUUGCAUCUGUAAUUCCAUCCAAACUGACAGAUAUAUCAUAUUGUUCUCUGUUAAACUUCUUUGGAGAAACUAUUAAAAUCAUUGUUUAAAAUUA